AUGACGGGUGUCCCGCCACCCCGCAGCUUCGAACCUCCGCCAGGCUCCAAGGUGAAGCCGAAGAAGAUCCUAUCGCCGAUCCACCACUACUUGUCCCGCUCACGCAAGCCCUUUUGGUGUGCGGAGCAGCCUCUCACUCGACCGCCGCGGAUUUACGUGGAUCAGAAGUCCGUCUUCCGGGAGGUGGCCGCCGUGACGCAGCUCCGACGUGGGGACCACUGCAUGAUCACCUUGAACGUGCUGCGGUGCCUGAGCCCUUGGGUGGACUACCUGGUGAGUUUGAUGGGUUCGCUGGAGCUCUUCCACCUCUACCACCACUUUGUUAUCCUCGAUGACGUGGCUUUCGUGGACGAGUUCGGGGUUCCAAGAACUGAGCAGGAUGACAUCGUGAGCAUUAUGGAGUACUCGAACACCGUCGAAGGCUUCAUCGAAGAAGUCCGUGUCCAGGCCUUCGGGGCCUGGUGCUCGCUGCCCCGCGUCGUCCUUCAAACGCUGCUCCACAAGGCCCACUGUCACAAGGUGCCGCUGGCGGAUUAUGGCGACAUGCCGCACAUCUUUCGGAUGGAGGAGAAGCUCACUGAAGUGGACCGCGAGCGGAUCGUCCGUGAUGCUGUGAACUUGAUUGACAAUCAGAUCAGUUACAACAUUCUGUGGGCCAACUGCGAACACACCACGAACCUCGUCUCUGGAAAGCAGCAGUACACUUCCCCCGAAGUGCACUUCUUUAUUUGGAGCUUGGUGCGUUAUACUUUGACACUUUUGGGUUUGGCGACCCUCCAUGUCGUGACAUUAAAAUGCUACAGCAGAUACUGCCUCCACUUCCCGCUUUGGGCACUGGUGGCCUACUACUCCUGCACGGCUUUGCCAGUAUUGGCCCAGAUUCUUGUCCAAUUUGCCCGCAUGGCGCACACGGUGGCCGCCUCCUGGCGCAAAAGCCUCAUCUCCAGAAAUGACGUCUACCAUUUGCUGGUGAAGGAGCUUUGCCGUGCCAUCUUCAACGGAGCGCUUGCUGUCGGCUUUCUGGUGUGGGCUCCUGAUAUGAUCAAAAUUGCAGACGGUAGGUAUCCUGUGCGGAUCUCCAUCGCCAUCGUCUUUGCUUACCUCGCCAGUGAUGCCGCCUUCGCACUGCUCGCCCAGGUGGUGACGCGGAUCCUCGUGAAGACCAAGGGCCAUUUCUGGUUGAUCGGCGGCAGCGACCACACGUGGGAGGAGGAGCAACUCCUCAAGGCCAAGGCACACACGGAGCUAACGGUGCGGUGCGGUGCACGUGCACCGUUCUGUUUUUUUGGCUGCUUGUCUGCCGCCGCUCCACCGGCCGGAGGCCCACAAAGGCAAAGUGGAAUGAGCGCACGUGCAUGUCUUAGCUCGACCUUACUCUUCUUCGCGACUCCAAGAGCUGCGAACUUCAAGUGCUUGAAGUCUCCCCAAACGUCUGUGUUUUCCGAUUUGCACAGAGACGAGAGACGAGCCAGGCCGGACAAGAAAAAGGUGCCGGCGACAAGGGCUCUGGCUCUGCCGCUCUGUCAAAAAACUUGCUCUGCUCCGCUUCGGCUCGUUGGCCCCGCUCUCUCUCGAAAGGAGGGAAGGCGGUGA